AUGGAACGGACCGCCAACUCACUCUACGAUCUUCUGGGCCUUUCCCGUCGCGACGCGUCGCUGGAGGAGAUCAAAGGCGCGUACAGGAUGCUAGCGCGGCGAUAUCACCCGGACGUCCGUCCGGAGGGCCUUACCCUCGAAGAGUGCACGCAGAGGUUUAUCGAGGUGCAGGAAGCGUACGAGGUCCUCUCCGACCCGCAGCGCCGUGCUAUGUACGACUUCGAGAUGCUGCACCCGGCUUCCGCUAAGGCCGGCGCGCAUCCGUGGAGAAGGGAGGCCGGCUGGCGACGAGGAGUGGCGCGUCCCUGGUCCACGGUGGACUCUCCGUGGCAGUCGCCUGAAGAGGAGGAGCAGAUGCGCACGGCGUGGCGCGCGCAGUGGGGGAGUCAGCUGUCGGGUCUGAAGCAGCGGGCUCGGGCGCAGUCCAAACCUGGUUCGUGGGCUGCGCGCAUGCGGCAGGAGCAGGGUGGCGAAUCCGCGAUCCAGGCAGGACACGUGUACGUGGCUUGCGUUGUUGGUAGCUGGUUUGAGGGUGCUUGCUAG